CCGCUUCCUCCUCCCCCUUCUUCUUUCUAACGAAGUCAAGCAACCCAACUAAAACCACCCUCCUCUCGCUCUCUAUUCUCUCUCUCUCUCUCUUCACACUGGUAGUGCUUUGUGUUGCUUCCUUCGCUGAUAAUGUGAAGUCCACAGCCCAGAGCGAGAGAAACAGUUUCACAUUGCGUCCAAUAGCUUCGUUGAAUUGAUUGAUUCACUCAAUGGCCGCUCUGCUUCGGCUGCCCGUGUUCUAUGUCAUUCACAUUGCCCUGCUCUCGAGCCUCUCUCUUGCUGCUGAUCCUUACGUCUUCUACGAUUUUAAGCUCACCUACAUAACUGCUUCGCCCCUCGGUGUUGCUCAACAGGUUAUAGCCGUUAAUGGCAAGUUUCCUGGGCCUCUUCUUAACGCCACUACUAAUUACAAUGUUGUUGUAAAUGUCCACAAUGACCUAGAUGAACCCCUCCUCCUGACAUGGCCUGGGAUUGAAAUGAGGAAGGAUUCGUGGCAGGAUGGUGUUCUCGGCACCAAUUGUCCAAUCCCUUCAAAGUGGAACUGGACUUAUGAGUUUCAGGUGAAGGAUCAGAUUGGUAGCUACUUCUACUUUCCAUCUCUCAAUUUACAGAGAGCUUCAGGUGGCUUCGGCCCCGUAAUCAUCAAUAACAGGGAUAUUAUCCCCAUUCCUUUCGGACAGCCAGAUGGGGAUAUUACAUUAAUAAUUGGCGACUGGUACACUCGGAAUCACACGGCACUGAGGGCUGCACUUGAUGCUGGAAAAGAUCUUGGAAUGCCAGACGGUGUUCUCAUCAAUGGAAGGGGGCCUUUCAGAUACAAUACCUCACUUGUGCCGGAUGGCAUAGCAUAUGAAACUGUAAAUGUUGAACCAGGGAAAACUUAUCGAUUCCGAGUGCACAACGUUGGAACCUCGACUAGUCUGAACUUUAGAAUUCAGAAUCAUAACCUACUUUUAGUGGAAACAGAAGGUCAUUAUACUGUGCAGCAAAACUACACAUGCUUGGAUAUUCAUAUUGGACAGUCAUACUCCUUUUUAGUUACGAUGGAUCAAAAUGCAAGUAGUGACUACUACAUUGCGGCAAGUGCAAGGUUUGUUAAUGAAUCACUUUGGCAGAGAGUUACUGGUGUUGCUAUCUUACACUACUCUAAUUCAAAAGGACCUGCGAGCGGUCCUCUACCUGACCCACCCAAUGACGUCUAUGACAAGACACUGUCUAUGAAUCAAGCAAAAUCCAUCAGGCUAAAUGUGACUGCAAGCGGGGCUCGACCAAACCCUCAGGGCUCUUUUCACUAUGGUUCGAUCAAUGUGACGGAUACAUACCUGUUAAAGACUGUGCCACCGUUGAGGAUUGGUGGGAAACUGAGAGCCACGCUUAAUGGUAUUUCAUUCCAGAAUCUGACCACACCAGUUAGGCUUGCUGAUCAGCAUAAAGUGAAGGGAGUGUAUAAGCUGGACUUUCCGAGUAAGCCACUUGAUCGCCCACCCAAGACCGACAUAUCUUUGAUCAAUGGUACAUAUAAGGGAUUUAUUGAAGUCGUUUUUCAGAACAAUGACACCAUAAUGCAGAGCUUUCAUGUAGAUGGUUACUCCUGUUUUUUGGUUGGGAUGGACUAUGGUGACUGGACUGAAAACAGCAGAGGUUCCUACAACAGAUGGGAUGCAAUUUCACGGGCCACGAUACAGGUUUAUCCUGGUGCUUGGACCGCAAUCUUUAUAUCCCUUGACAAUCCUGGAGUGUGGAAUAUUAGAGCAGAGAACCUUGAUAGGUGGUAUCUUGGGCAAGAGACUUACAUGAGAAUCGUCAAUCCUGAAGAAAAUGGUAAAACGGAGAUGACACCACCCGACAAUGUUCUUUACUGUGGAGCCCUUGAAGAGUUGCAGAAGCCUCAAAAGCACUCAUCGGCAAGCCCCCUCAUACCUGGGAAAAGAAGGCUGUUCUUGACAGUUCUGACGGCACUCUUAGCUUCUUCUCUCGUUUUCUGCUGAUGGUCUCAUUGACGGUCGAAGAUUGCAAGAUUUAAUGGAAGUGUAUUGUUUCCAAGUUGACGGUCACAGUGAGUUGUUUUACAGCUACAGGAAGUGUAAUUAGACAGGCUUUAGAGGUUUUGAGAUUCUUUUUCUUAAAGCUUUUACAGUGUAAGAGACACUUUUGAUUGUCUGAAAUUGUAUUUUUUGUUGGGGUGGAGUGUCGUCAAAUGUAAUUUGGUUGUAACUUUUAGCUGACGGGGAAUUCAUCAUAUUCUUGUGCGUAGUUGAAAAGGUAACAACAUACUGACGGUGCCUAAACAUUCUAUCA